AGUGUUCCAGUCUCCUUGACAACAGAGACGGAAGUGAUGUUGAAUUUCGCGCAAGGAAACCAGCGCGGCUCCUGGCGCGCCAAAUUUCAAAGCACUUCCUGCGCUGGGAGGACCAUAAGAUUGACCACGGAGCCGAAAUAAAACACAAUAAUAUCUUUUUACAAAAUCUCACCCUCCUGUUUUGGGCAUGGCAUGCUUUUAAUGAAGAUCAUCAAGUGACAUUAUCUGACUGGACAUAUUAAAAACUAAAGCUCUAGAAAAUUUUGACUGAAAAUAUCCAAGCCAAACUAAAAUAUAAUUUUAGUUUGUCCUCCAUCGGUGUUACGUAAUAUGUCAUAUCAGCCUGACCAAGUAUAAAUCAGUGCUUUUAUAAAUUAUUAAUAUCUCAAUUUUAAAACAAGAAUAUCUUCAAUGGAGGACAUUUAGUCUUGUUCAAUAGAAGCGUUGCCAGCUGUGUUGCAGUUUUCCUCCACAUUUAUUUGUGGAAUGCCAAAAUGUCGACAGGAGUCCAGCCGUGUUUUCAGUUGUUAAGAAUUGGAUUGUCGUCCAAUGCGAAUAAUGUCAACACAAACGGAGAUGAGUCACCUGACUCUGUUCGUGACCUGUACACGUUUCGGCCAGAGCUGCCCCAGUGUGUGUUCCGGCUCGGUCGGGCCGCAGAGCUGUGUGAUGUCACCCUGGACUCGAUGACUGUGUCCCGUAUCCACGCUGAGCUACACGUGGAGAAAGUAACUGAUGCGUCUGGAGAAGAGGGGUGGAAAGUCUGUGUGAAGGGGCGCAGCAGUAAUGGCACAUGUGUGAAUGAUGUAAACCUCCAACAGGGAGUCUUAUGUGAGAUCAACGAUGGUGAUACCCUCAACAUCGGUGGCCAAUCAGGGAAGACUAGCCCAGAAUUCUACUUCCUCUUCCAAAAAGUACAAGUCCGCCCUUUGGACUUCGAUGCCAUCACUGUGCCGAAAGCAGGUGUUUUCUCAUCCGACAUUAAGAACCGUGUCAGAACGUGCUUGGAACGUAAAGCAGACCCCGCGUUGGAUAUUUCAAAACUGUCCAUUAACAAAGCCACGGUCAUUCUGAACUCCAUUGGUAGCCUGAGCAAGAUGAACGGAAGCUGCUGGACGUUUAAGAAAAGCGAUAAAACUAACAGUUUAAAAAACGCCAACACUCCAGGGUUUGCGGCUUUGGCCCCUCCCUCCACUCCGCCCCCCUUCCAAGCCGACGGUGAGAUCGCAUCCAAGUCUGUCCCACCAUCGUCAAAGAGCCGACGCAAGUCAGCCCACACCGUUCUCCUGGAGGACGACAGUUCAGACGAUCCCGUAAAUCGCAGAGGUGUGGAGGAUGGAAGGAGAAUACAGGCGAGGAAAAGACGACGACUUUACAAGUCCGAAUCAGACGUGUUUCAUCCUCCUCUACCUAAACUGGAGCAGAAUUGCAGGUCACAGUUGGAUGUGUCGAAACACAACAGCAGCACGGCACCUAACAGAAAGUUCAAUCAUCAUAUCACGAACAUGACUCACACCAAAGGCAUCAAUUUGACUCCGCUUCACCAGCAGAAGUCGUGCUUGUCUGGUCCUGGAAGGAGACAAAGAGCAAACAGCUCUCCGGUAUUUACGGCCCUGGGGACGGGAGGUGAGAAUUACAACCUGACCUCACCAUCAGCGAGGACACCCAAGACGGAGAAAGCGAGGGGGGUGAUUUCUCGGUUUCAGGCCUCGACUGGACGACGACGUGGAAGACCCAGAAAACAUCCUCCACCCCGUCCAUCCCUUCCAUCACCCUCUUCUUCCUCAUCCUCCAGCUCAUCUUCCUCCUCAUCGUCUUCCUCAUCCUCCUCUGAAGAUGAUGACGAAGACACUGGUGUCACGCAGGGCGUCGAACCGUGCGCAUCAGCGUGCUGUCGCUUCCCUCAGCAGGACACCGUGCAGUGGAUCCAGUGCGACGAUUGCGAUGCCUGGUACCAUCUGGAUUGCCUGCCGCACGGCCGCAACCGAGCCGCGCUGCUGCUCGACCCAAAUGCAGACUUCCACUGCGGCUGCCGCGGAGGCAGAAACCACUGAGACCAUGAAUCAAGCUCGCCUUCAACUCAUUAAUAUACCAAAUAUGCUGAAAGACAUUGUGUUAUUACAAUCAGACCUAUGGGGGAUUGGGAGAUUGGUUCUUGGCUCUCGUAUAGAGAAACGCUUUGUAGUGAUGGCAGGAAUAAAUAAGUGUGGUUUUAAUGUUGUCUGCUGUGGUGCUAAUUGCUUUGAGGGGUGAUGUAAACUGGUUUGGCUCAGAUGGAUGUUCUGAACUUACCAGUUGGCAGGGUGGUUUUCAAGAGCAUCCAAAUGUGCUCGAAGCACUGAAUCCCAUUAGAACCAGCACUGGAUGGUUUCUAGCCAGUUACAAAAUAUAAUAAAUAUUUACAAAGGGGGAUGAAAAGGUAUGGACUUUGAAAAGCUUAAAAAAAUAUGUUUGUAAAUGUUGAAUACAGAAAUGAAUUAUUGUUGGCAUGAUAUUUUGUAUUGUAUGGGAAGUAUUUUUAGAAGAAUGGAUGAAUUAGAGAUUAAGAGGCAUUGUUUAGCCAAAAAUAAAUUUUUCUAUGUCAUUUACACUCAUGUUGUUCAAAACCCGAUAAUGACUCUUUCUUCAGUGGAACACAAAAGAAGAUAUUUUGAAAAAAGUGGUUUUGUGUCAAAACAAUGGAAGUCAAUGUGGUUCAAUGUUGUUUGGCUGCCAACAUUCUUCAAAAUAUCUUCUUUUGUGUUCUGCAAAAUACAGAAAGUCAUACGGGUUUGAAAUGACAUGGGCGUCAAUAAAUGAUGGAAGAAUUUUCAUUUUUGGGUCAACUUGGUUGGGCAUCAGUAUGCUUUCUUAACUAGAUACUGAUUGUUAAGCAUGCUUUAUCCACAUUACGGCUUUUAUAUAAUAUGUUAUCUUUAAAUACUGUAUAAAAUGUAAACAAUGGUAGCUAAAGGCAGUUGUAAUGACUUAUUCAAGGGCAAAUUAAGUACAAAACUUGAUUUGAUGGAAUAUUCUUAAAAUGUCAAUGCACAGAAAACAUUUAAAGAGAAUUGUGAAUUGUUUUUUGUUAUGUGGUCUGCUAUUAACAAGCUUUUGAGUGUCAUCUCGAUUAACCCGAUGUAGUCGUAUCUGUUGUAGAAUCUGAGGUAUGAGUGAUUAAAAUACGUUCACUGUCUUCACUUUAACUCAACAUAAUAGAUAUGAUGAAUGACAGCCAUAAUGUUUGUUAUGUUGGGAAUUGGGAACUGAAUAAAGAAUUAUAUAUUUAAAAUAUAAA